AUGGAAAAAGGAAAUCAGACCAGCAUCUUUGAGUUCCUCCUCUGGGGACUAUCAGACCAGACAGAGCAGCAGCACAUUCUCUUUCUGUUGUUCUUAUGGAUGUAUUUGGUCACUGUGGCUGGGAACCUGCUUAUUGUCCUGGCCAUUGUCACUGACACACAUCUCCACACCCCUAUGUACUUCUUCCUUGCCAGCCUCUCAUGUGCAGACAUCCUUUUCACCUCUACCACUGUGCCCAAGGCCCUGGUGAACAUCCAGACCCAGAGUAGGUCCAUCUCCUAUGCAGGAUGCCUUACUCAGCUCUACUUCUUUUUGACUUUUGGGGACAUAGACAUCUUUCUCCUGGCCACAAUGGCCUAUGAUCGCUACGUGGCUAUUUGCCACCCACUCCGCUAUAUGAUGAUCAUGAGUUUCCAGCGCUGCUCCCUCAUGGUGACUGCCUGCUGGAUCCUUACAAGCCUUGUUGCUAUGACACACACCUUCCUCAUAUUCCGGCUUUCCUUCUGCUCUAAGAAGAUCAUUCCAGACUUCUUCUGUGAUCUGGGACCCCUGAUGAAGGUGUCUUGCUCUGAUACCCAGGUCAAUGAGCUUGUGCUCCUCUUCUUAGGGGGAGCAGUCAUUUUAAUCCCUUUUAUGCUCAUCCUGGUCUCCUAUAUCUACAUUGUUUCAGCCAUCCUCAGGGUCCGCUCUGCCCAAGGAAGGUGCAAGUCCUUUUCUACCUGUGGUUCCCACCUUGCUGUUGUUGCCCUGUUCUUUGGGACAGUGAUCAGGGCUUAUCUGUGUCCCUCAUCCUCUUCCUCCAACUUAGUAGAGGAAGAUACAGCAGCUGCUGUCAUGUACACAGUGGUGACUCCCCUGCUGAACCCCUUCAUUUAUAGCUUGCGGAACAAGGACAUGAAGGGGGCACUGGUCAGACUGCUCAGAGGUAAAGUUUCAUUAUCAUGGGGCCAGUGA